CAUUCUGAGCUGUCUGAAUCAUUCAGAGCGAAGUUAUAUUGCAAGGACACCGUAAUUUAUAUUGUUUUACAUCCUCUGGAAAUGAGGAACAUUUGUUCCCUGACCUAAGCAGGGCUGUGUCGCCCCCCAUUCAUUAAAUGCUAAACCAUGACCUGUCGUGCCAUCUUCUUAGGAAGGUGAUGUGUUUCUUUUCCAAUCAGUCUCAGCUCUGCAUUUUAGGCAGGAAAGUCCUACACUUCAUGGCACUGAGCGGUACCUUGGGCUGAACCCCUUUUGGGGUCCAUGGCUAAACGCGGUUGUGGCAGAGCAGUAAUGGAGAGAAGUCUCUGCUGGUCUGGCAGGGUUUUACUUGUGUGGCGGGUGAAAACUGAGCGUGGUAGGAGAGAGUCGCCAAACACCUGGGCCUGUUGCAUGUGCUGUAAAUGUUUUUGCAGUUCAGCUUGUGGGGUUGCUGCUUGUAAAAGUGUGUUUCAGAAGUAGAUAUUCGAAAGCCACCUGGGCAUGGUCCUGGGCACUGACUAUGCAUGGAAAAAGGUGGUCUACACCGAAGAUGAAUUUGACCGCAUAUGUGAUCCGCUGUUUGAUGGCUCCUGCAGUUUCGUUGACCCACAAAUGCUGCAGUCUCUUCAGGACUGUCAGAGUGCCUUGAGCAACCUCAGCAAAGUCUUAAAGUGUGUUCAAGGAGAACCACAAGAGCUUCCUGAGAAAGAUUUGUCUAUUUUGCAGACUUGAGAAAUAAGCAGGUUCUAGCAAGCCGCUUUUCAGUGCACGCACAAAUGGUCCUCUGGUUCUGCCAAGCUGGUCUCCUUCCAGAGGGUUUAGAUGAGACGACACAAUUGUCUCCCCGUUUCUACCACUAUCAUCAGCUUCAAACCCGCUACGCUGCUCAGCGACAGAAACUGGACGAUUUGUCAAGAGGAAAGCAGGAUUCCGACUGCCUGAUGAUCGAUGGCAUAGUUUCACAAUUUGGAGACCAGGUUGCGAAGCUGUGGCAGAGAAAGGAAGGAGGGACUGGGAAAUAUCCCCCUCCCAAUUUACACGCACUGCUGGAUCUCUAUUUGUUGGAAAACACUGACGAAAUCUACAAACAUGCGAUUACAAUUUACUUGCUGCAAGACAUCUCCAGUUUUUGGCAACCUAAGAUGGAAAAAAUCGUCAACUCUUUUGCCACCACCUUUGCUCUCCCUCAGGGCCUCGUGAAACUCAUUGAAGGAUUUUGGCUCCUUGACAACCAUGAGUGUGAAAAAUCACUGGCCCUGCUGUGUCACCCGAGAACAAUGAAAAUAGAGCCCUGGCUUAAAACAAGAGUACUUAGAUCACUCAUCUGUAGAGGAGAGCGUAAAAAAGCCCUGAAAUACAUACAGAGUAAUCGUGAACGUCGCUUGAAUGAGCGAACGGUUUCCGGAAGAGCGGCUGCCGCUGCCCCACGAGCGGCUCGGCUGCUUCUGUCGUGGGCGCUGUUGUCGUGCUGCAGGGCCACCGCAGUUGUGGUGGUGACUGGUUCCGGCCCAAGCUCGACUCUAAAGUGCCGACCGUGAGCUUGGGCUGUGAUGGAGGCAUCGACGUAAGCGCCUCAGCUCAUCAGCCUGUGCCUUCUGCUCGGGAGGACGACGUCUGGUCUCAACACUGGUGACCCUCAAAGGCUUUCGAGAAUGACCUGUGCUCUGUGGAACUCUGAUGGGAUAAUUGAAUGAACUUUGGUGGUGCUUUAGGGGAUGCUGACUUUGUCAAAUGUAAUCGUGUGUUCUUGUCUGUUUGGAUAUCUUCUUCAGGGCAUCUCCCGUCAUCCUACAGCUCGACCUUGUUCAUCUCUCUUCACCUCUGGAAUUGUUGGUGAAAGCUGAUACCCCUUAAGGCACAGCUGCACACACAUACCCCACCCCACUCCCCCCCACCGUUGCGUGCUUACCAAGUUCGCAAAUACUGGAGACAGUCUUGUCUCUCCUGAGUUUUUAAUGUGGCCGUUUCUCUGGUAACAAGUACUCCCUUAGCCGAUUGUUUGGGGCUCUAGAUAGUGUAUGUGAAUAUCCUUGGCCUUUGCUAUCAAGGCCAUCCCCGUUCUUAUCUAUCCUGACAGUUGCUGGAGGUCUCUUCAGUCGGCCGGGUACGUCUCCAGCCUGAUGAGCUUAAUGGUUCCAAUAACGGUCCCGUUUAAAGAGAAAAUGGAGCCUACUGGCAGCGAGGUUGCUUGCAGCUUCUUGCUAGCAAGAACUACAGGGUGGGGUGGUGAAAGUCCUUUGAAAAGAGAGUAAAAGUUGAAGCAACUCUCUAAGCUUGGUACCUAUUUAAACUUUGGUGUUUUGGCAUGAACUGGGUCUCUAGAACUAGGAGGAAAGGUAGUUGAUAUUUUUGAGCUUGGAGAACACUAGGAGUAUUGUCUCUGCCUUCUUAUCCAUGAAGAGCUGUUUACAACGUGUAGUAACUGCUAAAGCUGGCUCUGGAGGAGAAACUGCUAGAAUGAGGAAGGCUGCUGUGUGUGCAGCUGCCCACUUGCCUGUCUACUUGCAGGUCUCUUGGAUGAAAUGUGACCUUAAAGUAGGUGUGUGUAGGAGAUCAAAACCCUUCCCACUGGCACCCAAGCUGCUUGUGAGGCGUAUGUCAGAAUGCUAACACUCCAGUAUUUAAAGAAACUUUUGUGCACAAGCCUUGGUUCUGAGGAACAAGGGGCCGGUUCCCAUCUACUCACUUCCCCGACUAUUAAAUAGAGUGUUACUGUGGUGAACUGUUUACAUAGUCUGUUAAACUCUGAAUGCAGCAGUGGCGUGGUGCUGGGAAUGAAAGAAGACAAGAUGCUUUUGUUGUUGUUGUUGUGAAGAGUUUUUAACAAGUUUAGUAGUGUAAUAGAUAUCCAAAUAAAAUG